CUCUCUCUUGCCCUCUCCUGUUGCUCCUCUGUGUGUCCCUCAUUCCCGCUCUUCAGAUCGGGCUCUCCCAGCUGUGCUGUUCAGGUUGCUGCAGACAUGAACGACGUCAAGUUGGCCCUUCUGGGCAGCCGAGGAGCUGGAAAGUCAGCGGUGCUGGUGCGGUUCCUAACCAGGCGUUUCAUUGGGGAAUACGCGUCCAACAGCAAUUCCUUAUACCGUAAAAGGCUUUCCAUAGAUGGGAGACAGUUGAACCUGGAGGUCUUUGAUCCAUGCUCACAGACGAAUGAGAGCAGAUGUAUCCUGGAGGAACCGGUGGAGUGGGCGGAUGGCUUUGUGGUGGUCUACAACAUCAGCGACCGCACCUCCUUCCUCAGUGCCAAAAACAUCCUGCGGCAGAUCAUAGAGACCCGUGGAGGAGGAGGAGGAGGAGGAGGAGGGGGAGGAGGAGGAGGAGGAGAGAGCUGUAAAGGGGAGGUGGAUGUGCCCAUCUGCCUGGUGGGGAACAAGCAGGACCUGUGCCACAGCCGGCAGGUGAGCGAGGAGGAGGGCCGGGCGGCGGCGCUGGAGCACCGGUGCCACUUCCAGGAGGUGUCGGCCGCCGAGGACUACCUGGCCAUCUCCAACCUUUUCACCAAGCUGAUGCGCCACGUCAUGGAGCACCUGAGGCACCGCAACGUGGCCGAGCGCCGGCGCUACAGCGGCUCCAAGUCCAUGGCCAAGCUCAUCAACAACGUCUUCGGCAAGAGGAGGAAGUCCGUCUGAUAAUGACAGGAAGUGCAAUAUCUGUUUGAGUGGACGUCGUCUGGGGGACUGUAUAAGUGGACGUGGUAGUCUGUGGAGAGUCUGAAUGGAGGUGAAAGUCAUGGGUGUUUUUCUCAGAAAGGUCAGGAGGCGUGUUCUUUUUUUGGGGGGGCUUUUUUUUCAGAAAUUGAGGAGGCCAUGCCCUGGCCCCUGUCCUCCCGGGAACUGCAACCAUAGUGGACAGCAUGAGUUGAGUUCAGAAAUUAAAAGUACUGCCACAUAGUAUGUCUUCCAGACAAUUCAGUGGAGUAACUCAUCCCUCAGUCAAGGAGAUAAUUAUUGAAAUCACCUGAGUUAUUUGCGCAGGCAGGAUUUAUACAGCAUUUGACAAGACCUUAACUUUGUCAAACCAGUGUUCUGCUUGUGGUUUGAGUGGAGUUGCCGGCCAAGGCAGAUACACACUACAGAUUGUGCUCACUGUGCCUCGAUUGAUUGCUCACACAAGUGUGAAAAAUCUGUUCUGUCUAUGGUGCAGAUGUUACAAAGUGUUUUCAGUUUUUUAAACGAAGUUGUGACAGUUCAAACCAUUAGCUCAUAGCUAUUCUAUUUUAUUAGUUUCAAAAGUGCCAUGGUCCUCUGUGUCGAUUUUUUCUUUUAUUACUUUUACAGACAUAGGAUUUUAUCAUGUUCAGUGCAUUGACUAUAUAUGGUGGUACCAUGUUGGUGUAUGUUGACUGGGUAGUACAAAGACCAUACCCGGGAUACCAGGAGCAGAACUUGGAAAGCGAAAGGUAUUUCUUUUUUUAAGAGAGUAAUAGAUUUUGAACUGUUAUGAAGUGUUAUACCCUGAAUAACUUGUACGUAUAUAAACACACAAACCAUUUUUAUCUUUUCCACCAAGCCACAUUCUCUACAAUGUAUGCCUACUUAUGAAUUGUUGGACAACGUGACUCACUAUAGCCUCAUGCAAUGUAGGAAUGCAGCACUGCCUACGUUUUCCCCAUGUCUUAGGGAGCAUGUAAUGAGGUGAGAAUUAUGGGUAAAUUACCCCUGAACAACAGAGUAUACGGCACAGACCUCAAAUAAAUCCCAAUUGAAUCUCAGCUGUGGCAUUUUUAAAAUGGGCCGCUUUUCAUCUUUUGUUGUAACGAUGGGUAAAAUUGCUUUUCCAUGGAAGAAAAAAAGAAAGAACAAAAGCAGUUAAAGCUAUUUCUGACAAAGCUGUAAUGGUAUGUGUUUGGUAUUUUUUAUUGCAUGCAGAUAAUAUAAAAGCAAUGAUGUGUUCUGCAUUUGGUAACUGCAUCAGAACUGUAAGCUACAGAAACGACGUUUGAUGUUUGACAGCAUCAAUUUAACGAGAUGGGCCAAUGUAUUCCUAACCAUUUACAAGUGUUUUUACUUUCAAGGGAUGCUGGUUGACUUGUUGUGUAUAGUAUUUGGCAUUGUGUAUAGGCCUGAAGUUUCCUUUUUAUCCUUAGAAAUGAAGAAGGCAAAAAAUAUAUCCACAA